GACUGACACGCCACGGUUGUUUUUGGAGGAAGUGGGAGAGGAAGAGAAGGAGCGGCGGCGAGCGGUAGCGCAGCUCGUUUUGUAGGUACUGCAGAAGCAAGAAAACUCGAACAAAGGUAGAAGGUGACCAGAAAGGUAGCGAAGCGAUUCAAGCAACCGGUGAGCCGGCGUGAGGAAAAGAACAUUUUAACGCACUGGUGCUGUUAGCCUAGCUUAGCCCUCUGCUGCAGUACUGAAGCGGAAAAAAAAGAAGACGGCCGUUGGCUGCUGCGGGCCGCCCGACACGAACACUGACUGCUGCUCCGGAUCUGUGUGACUGACUCUGUGUGUGAACGCCAUUGUGGCAAUACUCUGAGACAGCCUUGAUAGAAUGACAUCCAGAAAGAAGGUGCUACUCAAAGUCAUCAUUCUUGGAGAUUCUGGUGUUGGCAAGACUUCCCUGAUGAACCAGUAUGUGAAUAAAAAGUUCAGCAACCAGUACAAAGCUACAAUAGGAGCAGACUUCCUUACAAAAGAAGUGAUGGUGGAUGACAGACUUGUCACAAUGCAGAUAUGGGAUACAGCAGGGCAGGAGCGCUUCCAGUCACUGGGUGUUGCCUUCUACCGCGGAGCAGACUGCUGCGUGCUUGUUUUCGAUGUGACUGCACCCAACACUUUUAAGACCCUGGACAGCUGGCGGGACGAGUUUCUCAUCCAAGCCAGUCCUCGUGACCCUGAGAACUUCCCAUUUGUAGUACUAGGCAACAAGAUUGACCUGGAGAACAGGCAGGUAACAACCAAGCGAGCACAGGCCUGGUGCCAGAGUAAGAACAACAUCCCAUACUUUGAGACUAGUGCCAAGGAGGCUAUUAACGUGGAGCAGGCCUUCCAGACCAUUGCACGCAACGCUCUGAAGCAGGAGACAGAAGUAGAGCUGUACAAUGAGUUUCCAGAGCCAAUCAAACUGGACAAGAAUGAUCGAGUGAAACCUUCAGCGGAAACAUGCAGCUGCUGAGGGGGACCCGGGACCUCUAGAGGCCUGAAUGGUCCUCUUAAAUCCUCCCUUGCCUUCUAAAAGCCUCUCCUACCCUCUUCUGCCCUGCUGUAUGCUCCUCUUACCUGACCCCAUCAUCACUGGUGUGCAGAAGUAGUUCAGUGUGUUGGUAGACAAGAGCUGGCUUUUUCCAUUUCAGUGUACUCUACACGCAGGCACUCUUAGAAACACACAUCCUUGUACCCAGCCCUAGGCUCAAGAACAUGUGCUCUUAGAAGAGUUACUCUAAUUUGAGAAUUGCGCUCCCUCCAUGACAAUUUAAACUCUUACUUCAAGGUACAUUCACAGUCAGUCCUUUACUUCAGCCCCUCCACAAAAAGCUGAAGCAGACCUCCAGUUCCUUCUCUGCCCCUGACAUUUAGGAUGUGUGAGCUUGUAUUUCCUAACAGGUAAGAUUAGGAUCACAAAGAGGAAUGUUUCACUUUACAGCUUUUGAUUAUGUUCACUUUAAGCCUGUUUGUUUAGCUGUUUUGCAAAUUUGCUUUUCAAAGCAGCUGCAGCUCAUGUGAUCUGAUUUAACAUGAUAUAUUGCCAAGACAGCCAUCGAAGAAAAUAAUUUGCCUCGGAGGAAAAACUUGAUUACUUCUGCACUUUCAUUUUGUACAUGUCUGCCUUUACAUAUGUAUGAUAAGCACUUCAACUUCAGCCAGUA